GUGAUAUUAAUGCAUUUCACUGAAUGUACGUACAUACAUAUAUUUAAUAAGAGAGUUUUGUGCCACGUUGGCAGUUAUUUUUAUUCCUAGAUUUUAUUUUGAUAAAGUGAAACGUAGCAUUUUGGAAAAGACAUAUUUUGUCAAUUUACGUAUUAAUAUUAUGAAAAGUGUUGAAUAUUAAACUUUGAAAAUAUCGAUGUUGGAGAGUGUCGAAAGUAUAAAACCGAAUCUUCCGUCAGUUCUACGAGUACAUGAGGGUGGGGCAUGAACAAAAGCGAAAUCAGGUUGCUUCGUGGCAUUACCUUGCAUCGUGAUCUCAUGUCAGUAGAUGAUGAUCACAUACGUUGUUAAGUAUUGACUGGUGCAACGAUAACUCUAUCUGAUGUCGUCAGACAUGAACCUGUUUGACUUUCUGGACGAUACGUUUCUUAGAGAAAACAGUAAGGAUGAACUAUUUGUUGAACACAAUUAUGGUGAUAUGACGGCAGAGGAAUGUCCAACAAAUCCCGAUGACUUAUUCGCUUCGAUCCUAAAGAUGGAAGAAGAUUCAUUUGAUUUUAAUUUAAUUGAGAAAAAUCUAGAAACGAUUGCGUCCUCUUCAUCGGAUAGUGGACUUUCCAGUGCGUUGAGUCUUUCCUAUGAACAGCAAUUAAGUCCGAUCCUAUCGAGAACAGAUAACAAUGAAGAAGAGGAGAUAGAGAUCUGUAAUUCUAACUUAAACAGUCCGCAAGAUUUUAUCGACUUCGAGCCUGCGACCAGUCCAUCUUUAGGUAGCAUCACUAGUCCCGUUAGAUCUGUUAUGAGCUCGAAUAUUGGCUCACCGAUUACUGACGCAACCGAAGAGAUGGAUUAUGAGCAAACUUUGGUUGCCGUUGUAACACCAAACAAUACUAUAUCAAACUUGAAUACCACUAUUACCACGGGACAACCAAUUAAUGACAUCGAUUCCGCCCCUAAACAACAAGUACAUCUGAUACCACAAGAGAAUGUCGUAAAUAUUCGCAAUUUAGCAUGCAAUGGAAAGCGGAAUAUUCGACAAUUAAUACGUGUCACUCCAAUGGGUUCUGGUAAUCCGCGAUCUAUCCUAUUGCCAGUGAAUUUGAAAGAUAUGAAGGAAGUCCGAACUAUUAAAAUCAUGACAACACAAGCAAAAAACUUGAAAAGUUUGAAAAUCAAUCAGACGAACGUAAUCAAUAAACCUAUUCAGAUGACUAUCAAGCAAGAAGAUUCCAGUAGUGAUAAAGGUUUUAAUUCAAGUGAUGAAAUGGCAUCGGAAACAGACUCUCCAUAUCCACGAUUAAAAUUAAAUGCCGAGGAAAAACGAUUAUUGCAAAAAGAGGGCAUCACGUUGCCCAGCCAUUAUCCACUGACAAAGCACGAAGAGCGUGAAUUAAAGAGAAUCAGACGUAAGAUCCGUAACAAGAUAUCUGCACAGGAUUCUCGCAAAAGAAAAAAGGAGUACGUGGAUGGUUUAGAGGAUCGCGUGAAACAAUGCACUGAAGAGAAUAUAACUUUGUUAAAACGGAUCAAGGCCUUACAAUCGCAAAAUCAAAGUUUAGCCGGCCAAUUAAAGAGAUUACAAGCUCUUAUACAAAAGGGGAACAAGAGUGCUCAACCAGCAACUUGUUUAAUGGUUUUGCUGCUUUCAUUAGCUCUCGUUGCUUUACCAAAUUUGCGACCACAUUCCAAUAAUAAUAAUAAUGAUUUGACACAAGAGCAGGAGCAACCAGAAAAAACAUCACUUACAGGUCGCUCCAGAACUUUAUUAUAUACGAAACAAUUAAUGAAUGAAGAACUACAACAAUAUGGUGAGUUGUUACAAGAGGUUGAGGGUCUUUUAGAUCAUGAUUACAGUCCAGUAAUACAAAUGCCUCUUUACAAACGCCCUCGCAUUGAUAACGAAGCUACACCUAAAUAUAUUUCUUCUGUGAACCAUGUGGGAGGAACGCUUGGUUUAAAAUCAGAUCUUACUAUUUCAAAAGCAAAGAAACAAUAUAUUGAACCUCCAUUGGAUGAUAUAUGGCCACCACCAAAUCCAGGUGGACAGAAAACAGUCAAAGUAGAUCAAUUCGAAACUUUUACUAAUGAACUUAAAGUUAAUAUUUCUGAUGCUGAAGGCACCAGAACAGUUCUUGUCAAGAUGCCUCAAGAAAAUAUGUAAAAUAUGUUUAUUUCUUUUUCUUGCAACAAUAGAAUAUCUUUUAAUUUACAGAAAUUGAGAAUUAUAUAUUUCAACAUUAGAAAAGCAACGAAAUAAUAAAUUUGUUUCGUUUAUUAUUAAUGACAAACUUUAUUAUAAAGCUUUUUUAUAUCCGAAAUAAUAAUACUUAGAAGUAACAUACAUAGUCACAUUACAUAAUCACUUAGUGACAAUUGUGAAUAAAUAAUAUUUAUAGAGAUUUUCCGAUGGCUAAUUAUUCAACUGUAAUAUUUUCUGAAUGCAAUCAUUACAUUUCUCAACGGAUAUCAAAUUUUUGAUAUUACAUAUUAUUUCAUAACAUAACGAUUUAAGGCUCGACUCUCUCGCGACGAGACAUGGGUUAUGUGACGUCAGAGGUCAGAGAUGACAUACAAGAAAUUUGCAUCAUAUAGCUUUAUUUUAAAAAUAUAUUUUCAUAUUCUUAAAAUUUGCAAAAUACUAGAAAGUAAGAUAUCUGUCCAAUAGAUCAUGUAUCUUUUACAAGUUUUAAGAAUAUAUUUAUAAAAAUAUGUAUAAAAAUAUAUUUUUAAAGAAAAAAGUACAAAAUAAAACUAUAUGGCGCAAGAAAUUUCGCAUGUCAUUUCUGACGUCUCAAUCUAAUAUGGCUAUGGCUAAAAGAGCCGAGCCUUAAUAAGAUUAAAUUUAAAAAAAAAAAAAAUGCUGUGAAUUGCAAGUGGCCACAGUUCAACAUUUUUAUGAAAAUGUUUCUUCUCUCACUUAAUAUAAUUCAUAAAUAUGUGUGCGUGCGUGUGGGGCAGGCGCGCACGCAUGCAUGUGAGAGAGAAUGUUUGCUAACAAAAUAAUCUUUGUCCUUAAAGCUCGGCUCUCUCGUUGCAGUCAUGUUGAAUGAUCCAAUAGAUUACGUAAAAGUGUAAAAUAAUUCUUGAAAUAAUAUAUAUUGUUCAGCUAUCAGAGAUCACCAGAUCACUAGAUCUAGUUUGUGAACAAUAGCUGAACAAUGAUCUGUAUUUCAAGAAUUAUUUUACAUUUUUACAUGAUUUAUUAGACAGUCUUGUCUUUUACUUUCUGAUCUUUUUUACGAGUUUUAAGAAUAUGAAAAUGUUUUUAAGGGAAAAGUACAAAAUAAAGCUAUACGACGCAAAAAAUUUUUUAUAUGUUAUUUUUCGCUUCUAACGUAUCACGUGUCGCAUCGUGAGAGAAACGAUUUUUAAGUUCUUAAUUUUUAGACGAUUUUUCCUUCUUAGAAAGCAUGCUAAUGUGUACAUACGUGUUUACUAAUUAUGUAUCCAUCGAUUGAUCAUAGCAAACGCCCCUCAUAAGCGCCCGCAUUUGACGAUGAGUUAUCCUUGCCUAUCUUUUGUUUCUGAUUCGAUAUGAUAACUUUAUCUUUUGACUAGGAGUGCUUUCCAUUUAGUGACACAAGUCUACACAAGUAUCAUUCUAUCUUUCUUAGCUUUCAAUGAUUAACAAGGAUUAACAAAAUACUUGUGUCGACUUGUGUCACUAAAUGGAAAGCACCCUAGACAUUACAAACGUGCUGCGCUGUUUAUCUUUUUCAACACAAGAGCAAAAAGUAAUAUAAUACUAUUAUAUUACUAUUACACUAUAAUAUUACACUAUAAUAUUUUUAACUUCUUGAUACACAAUUGUCAAAACGAUCCUCUGAGAUCAAUACAAUGACAGCUAUUCGAAAUUAGCGCAACGAGAGAAUUAAUUGGCAUUGCGGAAAAGCGGCACAAUAAAGUUCAAGAAAUGUGAGCAAACCGAUGUCAUGCCUUUUUUUUUAGAAAGGAGGAUAAAUCAAAAACUAAACUUUGGACAAACUUUUAGAAAAGGAAUAAUCGUCUUAGAAUUAAGUCAUGAAUGCGAUAUUUUAAGGACAAAAGGCUGUUUCGAAUCAUCCUGUAUAUGUAAGCGAAAA